CAUAAAAAAUUAGGCGCCCCCGAAAAAAAAUCUCUUAAAAAUCCCAACAAGUAGAAGUAGCAGUUCUCGUUGUUUCUUUCGUUCGUUCGUUCUUUUUCUCCCUCUUCAAACAUAAACAAACACCACUCUCUCUCCUCUGCUUCGUUAUCUCCUUGCUCUUCUCCACCAUUUUCUCAGUGAUUUGAAGGGUGAGCAUUAUGGAUUUUGAUGAGUAUGAUUAUUUAGAGAAGACGGUAGAAAAUCCUGAGCCACCGAAAUCGAAAGAAGCUACCAAUGGGGGGGAUGACCUAGUAAAAUCUGGGGAGAAGGAACGUAGCCGGAGUUCUCGGCGUAGGGGUGAGGACAAUGAGGAUGAAGAUCGCAAAUCUAAGCGCUCUAGAUCUGGGGAUGAUGCACGUGAGCGUGAUCGUGAUCAAGACCCAGACCGGAAUAGGGAGAAGCGUUCAUCCAGGCAUCGAUCACGAUCUAAGGAAAGAGAAAGGAGUGAGAAGGAUGGGGAUAGGCGUAGAAGUAGCAGGGGAGAUAGGGAUAAGGAUAGAGAUAGAGAAGAGAGAAAUGGGAGGGACCGUGACCGGGAUAGGGAUAGGGAAAGAGAACGCGAAAGAGACCGUGAUUCUGGUAAAAAGGAACGUGAUCGUGAGAAGGAGGGUGAGAGGGACAGAGAUGAACGUGAUCGACGUAGCAGGAGUCAUUCAGUUAGACAUCGGGAGGAUGGGGAGAGAACUAGGGAUAAGGAAUACAGAGAGAAAAGCCGGGACAGAGAGAAAAGCCGGGACAGAGAGAUUGUUGAGAAGAGCCGGGAAAAAGAAAGAGAAAGAAGUCAUGACAGAGAUAUCCGUGACAAAGAAAGCAGACGUCACAAGGAAAAGAAGGACGACACAACAGAACCAGAGGCUGAUCCUGAGCGGGAUCAGAGAACAGUCUUUGCUUAUCAGCUCCCUCUAAGGGCAGAUGAAAGGGACAUUUUUGAAUUUUUCUCUAGAGCUGGAAAGGUUCGAGAUGUACGACUCAUUAUGGACCGUAAUUCUAGACGUUCCAAGGGAGUUGGCUAUAUAGAGUUCUACGAUGUAAUGUCAGUUCCCAUGGCUAUAGCACUCUCUGGGCAACUUAUCCGUGGUCAACCGGUCAUGGUUAAACCCUCUGAAGCUGAGAAAAAUCUGGUCCAGUCUACAUCUACUACAGCAGCAGGUCUUACUGUUUCAGGGGCAGCACGGAGGUUAUAUGUUGGAAAUUUGGUUCCCAACAUUACGGAAGAACAACUUCGUGUGGUUUUUGAAUCAUUUGGGAUUAUCGAGUUGGUGCAGUUACCUCGUGAUGAAGCAGGUCUUUGUAAGGGUUUUGCUUUUGUCCAGUUUGCACGUCUUGAAGAUGCCAAGGCAGCACAAGUUCUGAAUGGACAACUGGAUAUUGGUGGUCGGGUUAUGAAGGUUUCAGCUGUCACUGAUCAACCUGGAAUGCAAGAUGCAGGGGCAACUACUGGUGAUUUAGAUGAUGAUGAAGGCGGUGGCAUGGCUUUAAAUGCAAGUUCUCGAGCGCUUCUCAUGCAAAAGUUGGAUCGCAGUGGCAAUUCUACCGGUGUUGGUGGUUCACUUGCCUCUUCAGCUGUUAAUACCGGAGCUCUUUCUAUGGCUACUGCACCAAUGCCCGGGGUUGCUCCUGGAGUUUCUCCUCUCACACAGCCUUCUGUAGCACCUCUUGGAGGAUUGCCUGGUGCUGGUCUUUCUGCUCCACUAAGCACUCUUUCAAUGGCAGACACUAUAGGUGUCCCCAGUGAAUGUCUAUUGUUGAAAAAUAUGUUUGAUCCAAAGCUAGAGACUGAACCUGAUUUUGAUCUUGAUAUAAAGGACGAUGUGCAGGAUGAAUGUGAGAAAUUUGGGCCACUGAAACACAUCUUUGUAGACAAGAAUACUGAAGGAUUUGUAUACUUGAAAUUUGACAACACCCAAUCAGCAAUGAAUGCACAACGUGCACUACAUGGCAGAUGGUUUGCGGGGAAGAUGAUAAGUGCAACAUACAUGCUACCUCAAGAUUAUGAGGCUAAAUUUCCGGAGAGCAGAUGAGAAAUUUUGUCGUGGACUUGCAGCUUUGGAAGAUUCUUGAAGUUGUAUACGGGUACAGAGAGAAGGCCUGGGGGAUUUUUAGGAUCAUUUUCCGUUUUUUUUAGGUAAUCUUUGGCUGGUUGGCCUAUUGGGUAUCAUAGCAAGUGCAGGUCCUGCAGGAGUACUUAUUUAUUCCCAAAAUGCAGUGAUAUUAGAUUGAUAGGGUUGGAUUGUUAUAAAAAUGUUGUCGAUUAUUGUUUUCCAAAAAAUUUGAUUAAGCAUUUUUGUAGAAUUCUAAUACUUGUAACCAAGUCUGUGUUAUCCUUAAAUUUUGAAUUACUGCCUUUUAGGUCUCAAAAACAUGCAAUGUGUUACUUCGUAUA